UGGACAAUAACAGGAAGCGUCCAGAGGAACGGCUGGGCUGGGCUGAUCACUUUUGCCACUGGAGGGGCCUGAUUGUCCAGGGAGCGGCUCGGUGGAGCUCAUACAGGUUCACAUGCAGCUGGAAACAGACACCGCUGACCUGAAACUGAGGAGGAUAUAACGCCACUCGAUCACUGGAGGGAUUUUCCAAUCAGGGAAAACGACUGUUGAAGGGACCAAAACUCUGAUGAUGAAACAGUGUGCCGGGAGGCAGAUGACUGAGCCUGUCUUCAGGGUUGCUGUCCUGCUUGCAUUAUGUAGCCUCAGCAUCGGAGUCGAUGUCCACCAAGCUCAGAAAACACCAUCUAUCUCGAGUGCAGUGCUUCAAAGACAUAAAAGAGAUUGGAAAUGGGAUAAACUGUAUGCGUAUGAGGAAUCACGUCCUAAAAACCCACCUGAAAAAAUUGGAAAGCUAGAAAAUACAUUUUUCACUUCGUCCACAAAAUUUAUUCUCAAAGGAGAUGGAGCUAAUGACAAGUUUGGUGUAACUGAAAACGGGGAUAUUGUUGUCCUUGCAAAGCUGGACCGGGAAACACAAAGUGUCUACAAUCUCUCAGCUUCUCUCCUCAAUGUUCAUACUGGAGAGUUAGUCGACAAAGAUGAUUCAUUUGUAAUAGUAGUACUGGAUAUUAACGACAACAUCCCCGUUUUUGAUUCUGACCAGUCUGGAUCCAUCAGCGAAUCCUCUAGUGCAGGAACAACUAUAAUGAAAGUAAAAGCAACAGAUGCUGAUGAUUCUUCCACUGAAAAUGGAAAGAUUGACUUCAAACUACUAAAUGGAACAGACCUCUUCAAAAUCAAGCACAAUGGUGACAUAAUAACAUUGAAAAGUGACCUCGACCGUGAGAAACAGAGUCAGUAUCUUAUUGCUGUUCAAGCCAAAGACAUGCCAGAACACCUGACUGGGAAUUCUGCCUCUACCGUUGUGACCAUCAACAUAAAAGACAUAAAUGACAACAUUGCCACCUUCAAGAAAGAAAAAUACCUGUUUAAUGUGAAAGAAGACCUGAAACCCGGAACUGAAAUUGGCCUUUUAGAGGUGGAGGACAAAGACGAGAUACAAAACAAAGAUCCAACAUUUGUGCUACAAUCUAAAUUUCAUGAAGUGUUUGAUAUUAAACGAACUAAAGAGAAAGAUGGAAUGCUUAGCCUCAAAGUGCCUCUCGACUAUGAAAAGGUGAAGACAUACAUGUUUAAUGUAAUUGUGGAAGAACACACAGUGUCGAGAACACCUGAUAACAAAGGGCUGCUGAAGAGAACCCAAGUUAUCAUUGAUGUAACUGAUGUUGACGAACCACCUGUUUUUAACCAAACGGAGUACACGUUUAGCGUGCUCGAGGGCCCAUUCAAGAGUCCUGUCAUUGGAGCUGUUUCAGCAAAAGAUCCAGAUAGUGCCAGUUAUAAAAUACGGUAUACCAUUGAAGACGUAAACUGUCCUGUAGAUGUGGAUCCUGUAAAUGGAUAUUUGUCUUUGAAGAGGACACUGGACAGAGAGCAAGAAUCCUUAUAUACAUUCCAGGUUACAGCACAUGAAGAUGUGCCAAACGGUCUUAAAUCCUCUACUAUGGUUAGCCUGAAGGUUCUUGACAUUAAUGACAACGCACCAGAACUAACUAAUGGGAGCUACGUGUAUGUCUGUGAGAAUGAUAAACCUAACACAAUAAUUGGGACUAUUGGUGCCUAUGACAAGGAUGAAAAUUCAGGCAGGUUUCGGUUCACUCUUGCAAGAAAGAGCUCAAACUUUUCCCUCUAUGAUAACCAAGAUAACACUGCGAACAUUGUGCUGAAGCAAGGAGGUUUCAGUACAGAAGACUCAGAGGAAUAUUUGCUGGAAAUCGAGAUCGCUGAUGGAGGAACACCAGAGCAAAAGAGUGUUAACCUGCUGCAGAUUAAAGUGUGCACAUGUCAGUCGGGUCGACGGGUGGAGUACUGCAUGUCCUACGCCAGGACUGGAAUGAGUGUCAGUGCCCUCCUCGCCAUCCUUCUUUGUAUCAUCACCAUCCUGGUCAUCGUCAUCCUCAUUGUAUUGAGACGGCGCUAUCAAAAAGAAGUUCUGGUGACAAAGGCAUCUGGCGAAAUCCACGAGCAGCUGGUAAGAUAUGACGAGGAGGGCGGAGGAGAGAUGGACACCAAUGGUUAUGACGUCUCCAUCCUGUCCUCUGCCUGCCACGACAGCAGCUUUCGGCCCAGUGUGGGACCUGCACUCUACGCCAUGGUCAAGAAACCUCCUGCUUGUAAGGGUGACAUGGCCAUGAUGAUCGAGGUGAAGAAGGAUGAGGCAGAUCGUGAUCGAGAUGGCAUUCCUUAUGACACAUUACACAUCUACGGCUAUGAGGGAACAGAAUCACUGGCUGGUUCCCUCAGCUCUUUGGACUCGUCCUCCAGUGGGUCUAACCUGGAUUAUGAUUUUAUACAUGAGUGGGGACCUCGUUUCAGGACCCUGGCUCAGCUUUAUGGAGUAGAUGGCUCUGAUUCGGAUAGCUCUUACUGAAGCCCUUGGUCAUCAUCAUCAGAUUGAUGGAGACUGCGGGUUUCUCUUCAUGGGAAUUUUUGUAAGGAUCCCAUGCUACCAUUUUUUGUAAGAAAGUGCCAAUAUGUGUUUUUCCUUCAUGCAUUGUUAUAAUGAGCACUGCCGUAUUUGAAAUCUACAUAGAAUAAAGGGCCGUUCACACCGAGGAUGAUAACUAGCGAUAAUGAUAGAGAUGUCAGUGUAAGAAAGAACUGCUAAUUUCACUCCAAAAUCUAAAAUGAAAACGACACAGAAUAACAAUAUUUUUACAUUGCUUUCAGAUCUUUUUGACCAGCUGAUGAUUGAUAAAAUUAUUGACAGGAAGUCAGAACAUCAUAUCCUUGAUCAUCAUUCAUUGCAAGCUAAUUUAACACACAUUUACAGUACAAUGCACCGUUAAAAGGUUUAGCAUUAUAGACGACUGUUUAUGAUAAAGUAAGUAUUCAUGAUGGUAAUUUCUAAAUUUAUAUCAAGAGUCUACAAUUACCAAUUCAUAAUAUAAUAUAGUCAACAUUUGAAGUCGAAACAGACAAGAACGCUCCAUAUUUAAUGCACAUUUUAGGUGGUUUUAGGAAAACUUUGAUAAAAGGUUUUCAUCCACUUCAAAUGUUUACUAAUGUGGAAUAUAAUACAUGGUGGAUUUAAAUAAAUUUUUACUGUAAGUAAUAUGUAUGUGGACCAAUUAUUAUGCAAUUAUGGGAGAUUUCAAAAAAGUGCAGUUUAUUUAUAAACUAAUUUCGAGAGGAUCAUGUGCUUAUGAUUGAUCACGGCUGGUCCCGCAUUAGCUGAAGCAUGAUUCACCAAUCAGAUGAUUCCUAACUCACUAUAAAUAAAAGACAACUCAUUAUAAAUAACCAGACUUUCUUACUUCAGUUAUCUUCACUUUGAAUAAUCCCCCCCCUUCCACCUCCACCUUUCCCUUUAUAGGGUGGCACAUUGGCCCAUUGGUUAGCAUUGUUGCCUCACAGCAAGAACAUCACUGGUUCAAUUCCUUAACAGGCCAGUUGUUGUUUCUGUGCGGAGUUUACAUGUUCUCCCUAUGCUCGCGUGGGUUUCCCCCGGGUUCUCCGGUUUCCUCCCACAGUCCAAAAACAUGCAUUAUAAGUGAAUUGAUCAAUCUAGAUUAGCACUUUAGUCGAGCUCUUAACCAGCUGUAUAUCUCUAUAUAGCAAUUUAUAAUCUGUCAUCAUCUCUAAAUAACGGGGCAGUUCUUGAGACCUACCUGAGCUCAAACUCCCCUCUUGCCCUGCAAAUGGGUGGGAGUCUCAGGCUCAAGGAUUUUAUGAGUUUAGGGCUCUCUCCUGAGACAUCAUGCCAAACUCACUUUAUAAUCAAUAAUCAGCUAAGUGUAAACUCUUGAAGGGAUAAAAGAUUAUAUGUAGGUGUAUUGAUGUGGCAAAGACAAAAAAAAUGUUAUUAGAUAUUAGUUAUUAAAACUAUAAUGUUUAAAGUUAAAAGAAAAUAUCUCUGUAAAAUCUUACAAACGCUUGGGAAAUGUUUGAAAUAUAUUAAUAUUUCACAAGAGGGCUAAUAAGUAUGUCUUCAACUGUAAUUGUGUGUUGGACAAAAGUAUAGUUAUCGUUCUUGAUGUGAAUAGGCCUCAAGUGUGUGUUAGUUUAAAAAAAAUGCCUUGGUCUUUCAGACCGGUUUUUGUCCAGGUGAAUUUUUUUAUAAAACAGCACUGGACACUGGAAAAAAAAAAAAAAAAAAUCGCUUUUAUGGUUCAUCCUCAGAAGCGUUGAAUUAACAAUAUAUAUUGUUCAAUAUAUGCUCUUUUUGCUCAAACCAAUUUGUAAAGCACAUUUUUUUCUUAUUUUUUAUGUUUUAUUAUUCAACUCAACUUUUUUUGUCCAUUUUUGGACAAUUGAUGGAGAAUUUGU